AGCCCCAACUCCACCUCAUUGCCCGAUUCUCUCAGGCCCAGGUGGGACCCAGGUUCUUCUUUGUCCAGUCCCGGGCCCCUGCCCUUGUGGCUGCUCCUUUUUUAUUGAGUUUUUUGUUUUGUUUUGUUUUGUUUGAGAUGGUGUCUUGGUCUGUCGCCCACGCUGGAGUGCAGUGGCGCGAUCUCCGCUCACUGCAAGCUCUGUCUCCCGGGUUCAUGCCAUUCUCCUGCCUCAGCCUCCCGAGUAGCUGGGCGUACAGGCACCCGCCACCACGCCCGGCUAAUUUUUUGUAGUUUUAGUAGAGACGGGGUUUCACCGUGUUAGCCAGGAUGGUCUCGAUCUCCUGACCUCGUGAUCCGCCCGCCUCGGCCUUCCAAAGUGCUGGAAUUACAAGCGUGAGCCACCACGCCCGGACUUUUUUUUUUUUUUAAUGAGCUUUUAAUUAGUAGUGCCGUCACAAAGUGAAGCUGCCUGGCCACUUGGUCGACUGCGCAAUGUCUUUACCACUCUUAGCCCCUUUUGUUUCAGAAAACCCUGAGUCUUAGUACAAUGUUUGUUCUUCCCAACUGCUCCUAGUUCGCAGAUGUGGGUACAUUAAGGAAUCUUAAGGGCAAAGAGGGUGGGGAGGAGGGGACAGAAAACCUGUAAUCCUUGGUGCAGCUCCAAGAAUGAAAUGACACUUGAUGCUUACAUUUUCUUAGCAGACAUGGCCGCUUACCACCAAGAAGGGCAGAUGCAGCUGCCCCGAGCUGAUGCCAUUCGUUCACGUCUCAUCGAUACUUUCUCUCUCAUCGAGCAUUUGCAAGGCUUGAGCCAAGCUGUGCCGCGGCACACUAUCAGGGAGUUACUUGAUCCUUCCCGCCAGAAGAAACUUAUAUUGAGGGAUCAACACCAGCUAGUGCGUUUCUCUAUAAAGCCUCAACGUAUAGGACAGAUUUCACAUGCCGAGAGGCUGUUAAGCAGGCUUCAUGUGCGCUGCAGUCAGAGGCCACCCCUUUCUUUGUGGGCCGAAUGGGUCCUUGAGUGUCCUCUCUUCAAAAACUUCAUCAUCUUCCUGGUCUUUUUGAAUACGAUCGUAUUGAUGGUUGAAAUAGAAUUGCUGGAAUCCACAAAUACCAAACUAUGGCCAUUGAAGCUGACCUUGGAGGUGGCAGCUUGGUUUAUCUUGCUUAUUUUCAUCCUGGAGAUCCUCCUUAAGUGGCUAUCCAACUUUUCCAUUUUCUGGAAGAGUGCCUGGAAUGUCUUUGACUUUGUUGUUACCAUGUUGUCCCUGCUUCCCGAGGUUGUGGUAUUGGUAGGAGUAACAGGCCAAUCGGAGUGGCUUCAGCUUCUAAGGAUCUGCCGGGUGCUGAGGUCUGUCAAACUCCUUGCACAAUUCCAUCAAAUUCGAGUUAUUAUUUUGGUCCUGGUCAGGGCCCUCAAGAGCAUGACCUUCCUCUUGAUGUUGCUGUUCAUCUUCUACAUUUUUGUUGUGACUGGUGUCUACAUCUUCUCAGAGUACACCCAUUCACCUCAUCAGGACCUGGAGUACCGUGUGUUCUUCUCGGACCUCCCGAAUUCCAUGGUAACAGUGUUCAUUCUCUUCACCUUGGAUCAUUGGUAUGUGCUUCUUCAGGACAUCUGGAAGGUGCCUGAAGUCAGUAGCAUCUUCAGCAGCAUCUAUUUCAUCCUUUGGUUGUUGCUUGGCUCCAUUAUCUUUCGAAGUAUCAUAGUAGCCAUGAUGGUUACUAACUUUCAGAAUAUCAGGAAAGAGCUGAAUGAGGAGAUGGCACGUCGGGAGGUUCAGCUCAAAGCUGACAUGUUCAAGCGGCAGAUCAUCCGGAGGAGAAAAAACGUGUCACGUGAAGCACUGACGUCAAGCCAUAGCAAAAUAGAUGACAGUUCAAGAGGAGCUAGUCAACAAAGGGAAAGUUUGGACUUAUCAGAAGUGUCUGAAAUAGAGUCUAAUUAUGGUGCCACUGAAGAGGAUUUCAUAACAUCUGCAUCAGAAACAGAAGAGACCUUGUCAAAAAAGAGAGAGUACCAGUCUUCCUCCUGUGUCUCCUCCACAUCCUCUUCCUAUUCUUCCUCUUCUGAAUCCAGAUUUUCUGAAUCUGUUGUUCACUUGGACUGGGAAACUUGUGCACGAGAAUCUGCCCGGGCUAAUGGAAUUGGAUCAGGAUGACUGUGUUUCGCCCAGAGACUCACUCUUCUGAUAUUUUGAGUUGCUAGAAAAGCUUCAGUAUAACCUAGAGGAGCGUAAGAAGUUACAAGAGUUUGCAGG